AUGGCACACAGUGUUGCAACAAAAUCUGGAAAUCUUAGUGCAAUGGAACGAAGUUUGCAGGAUGAACUUGAUAUGGAAUUGUUGAUCUCGAAGAAUGCAAGAGUAAUGUUAACUAUUAAUCUAUGGAUAGAAGCGGGUCUUGUAAAUGGAGAUUUAGGAUAUGUUGAAAACAUUGUAUACAAACCUGGAAGUAUGCCACCAGAACUACCACCAUAUGUAAUGGUUAAAUUUGAUACUUACUCUGGAAUACCGUUCGAUGCUCAAAACCCACGAACAGUUCCUAUCAGUGCAACACAUAGAGGAUCUACGACCCAGAUACCAUUGAGAUUGGCUUGGGCAAUGAUAAUACAUAAAUCACAAGGUCUAAUACUUGAAAAAGAAACAAUUGAUAUAGGUCCAACUGAAAGAAUAGGAAUGACAUUUGUAGCUAUCUCUCGUCUCUCAUGUAAAUUCCCUAGAAGGAGUACGAAUAAUUCCACCAUUUACAUAUGA